GAGAUUGAAGUAAGUCAACAUCAUAAUUAUAAAACGUCAUAUAAAACCAUAAUAUUAAAAAAAGUCCGGUUCAGUAAUUAAAAAAGAAUUAUUUUACUUUUUUAAAUAAAAUCGUGGGAGUAUUAUAGUGUUAUGAAUCUUCUAGAUAGUUAAGGUUUUAUACAAUGACGUUAAAAAAUGAAGAUUAUCAAGAACACACUAAAAGGUUACGGUUCAAGAGUGUAACAAAUAUUCGACAGUGUCCCGGUGAUAUCACUGACAAAAGUGGAGAAGAAAUAAAAAGCAAAGAUCGAGAUAAAAAUGCCUCUCUCUUCGCAUUUCUUCAUGUCGAACUCACAAGAGGAUAUCUCCUGGAACAUGACGAAGAGAGAUUCUCUGCAAGAAGAGAAAAAGUUUAUUCAUUUAUUAAAAUCCCUCAAGAAUUAGAAAAAUUUAUGGCUUAUGGAUUUUUCCAGUGUGCUGAUUCUUUGCUAUUUGUUUAUACAUUUUUGCCUUUAAGAUUUGUUAUGGCUUUUUGGUCAUUUGUUAAUAGACUCUUUAGGCGAUGUUUUGGAUUCUAUGUACGACAAAGUGUACUAAAGCCUGCUGAGACUUGUGAUGUACUUAAGGGUUUCAUUCUAUUAAUAUGUAGCAUCCUAAUGUGCUACAUAGACACUAAUAUGAUGUACCAUUUAGUGAAGAGCCAGAGUGUAAUGAAAUUGUAUAUAUUCUAUAACAUGUUGGAGGUUGGAGACAGACUGUUCUCAGCUUUUGGACAGGACACAAUAGAUGCUCUCUUCUGGACAGCCACUGAACCUAGAGAUAGGAAAAGAGAACAUCUUGGUGUUAUUCCGCAUUUACUAUUUGCUAUGACCUAUGUCUUUCUUCACAGCUUGCUAGUGUUGUUUCAAGCCACAACAUUGAAUGUAGCUUUUAACUCUAACAAUAAAAGUCUUCUUAUAAUAAUGAUGUCUAAUAAUUUUGUUGAAUUGAAAGGAAGUGUUUUUAAAAAGUUUGACAAAAACAAUCUCUUUCAAGUUUCAUGCAGUGAUGUGAGAGAGCGUCUACAUUUAUCGGUGCUUCUCUUCAUAGUGGUGCUACAGACCAUGAAAGAGUAUAUGUGGAAAGAAGAAAGAUUUUGGAUACUAGCUCCAGACUGUGUGCUAGUUCUAACUUUUGAAGUAAUUAUCGACUGGGUGAAACAUGCAUUUAUUACCAGGUUUAACGAAAUACCAUACGGAGUGUACAGGGAGUACACAGUAAGUUUGGCGUAUGAUGUUGCACAGACGCGACAGAAGUAUGCAUUCAGUGAUCAUUCCGACCUAGUUGCUCGGAGGAUGGGUUUCAUUCCUUUACCCCUUGGAGUUGUGAUAACGAGGGUUCUAGUACACGCUGUGAAAGUGGAUGGAUUAGCGGCGGUGCUUCUGAUAUUCAUAGCUUAUUUGUGCUUAAUAUCGAUAAGGGUGCUUGUAUCAAUCGUUAUUCUCGGAAAGGCUUGUGAUUUAAUUUCGCAACAUCAAAACGAAAAAUGCGACAGUCAACACGCGACGCCUAAAAGGGAACACAAAGAUACAAAAGAAUUCUCGAAUACUCCAAAGGUGUCAGAAUCCGAAUCAAUAACAGAAAAGAAACCAAUGCAACUCAAGUUUAUUAUUCCAGAGAAUGUUUUGAUCGAACCUCUAAUGGACGCGUCUGCCGGAGCGGCGGCUAUAUUCUCAAACAGUGCUAUCGAUUUGAACGGCGUUUGCUAUCUAAACAAUAAGAUGAACGUGCCAGUUAAACAGGAACCCGCGGAAUAUAUUGAGACAGACUUGCAGGACGUGAGCCGCAGCGCGCCUGAUAUAAAAGCAGCGGCAGCAGUGGACGAGGACGCAGUGGAGCGGCCGCAGUCGCCGGACGCGGACGGUCUGAAGCGACGCGCAGAGUCCGAGCCUAACCUCGCUAAGAAUGAUGACCAGGAACCCACGUAACACUACCUCUUAUUUUUACCUUUCUUUUUGUUCGGUACCGACCACUCUUAGCUACUGGGUCGGGCGAUAUCACGCCAUUCACCGUGCUUAGGUUAAAAAGCGUUAAACUAAUAAUAUCGAAAUCUGAAAAUCGAAGAUCAGGAGACCACGUAACACCGUCCAUCUUGUCCUUACUCGGUACUGACUAUUCUCCACUACUGUAUCGAGCGAUAUCACGCCAUCUACCGUGCUUAGGUAAAAUGAAAGUAUAAAUAUCGAAAGCUGUGAAAA